AUGCCUGUACUUUUGCAGAUGUUUUGUUUGGAGUCUGUUGAGGCUAAACUGAUUAGAAAGGCCACAGACAAAGAGCAGGAGCUAGCUGCUGCAAGUGCAAGACAGCUGGAAUACCAGCAGUUGGAGGACGACAAGCUCUCUCAAAAAUCAUCAUCUAGCAAGCUUUCCAAGUCUCCUCUAAAGAUUGUGAAGAAACCGAAAAAUAUGCAGUGCAAGGUCAUGCUCCUGGAUGGAUCUGAAUAUGCAUGUGAAGUUGAGAAACGUUCCAGAGGUCAAGUGCUGUUUGACAAAGUGUGUGAGCACCUGAACCUUUUGGAAAAGGACUACUUCGGGCUAACGUACAGAGACACAGAAAACCAAAAGAAUUGGUUGGACCCUGCCAAGGAAAUCAAAAAGCAGAUCCGAAGUGGUGCUUGGCAGUUUGCAUUUAAUGUGAAAUUCUACCCUCCAGACCCUGCCCAGCUAUCUGAAGAUAUUACCAGGUACUACCUCUGCUUGCAGCUGCGAGACGACAUCGUCUCGGGCCGGCUGCCCUGCUCCUUCGUGACGCUCGCUCUCCUGGGCUCCUACACGGUGCAGUCAGAGCUCGGCGACUACGACCCCGAUGAAUACGGCAGUGACUAUGUCAGUGAAUUCCGCUUUGCACCAAACCACACUAAAGAACUGGAAGACAAGGUCAUUGAGUUGCACAAGAGCCACAGGGGAAUGACACCGGCAGAGGCUGAGAUGCAUUUCCUGGAGAAUGCCAAAAAAUUAUCGAUGUAUGGAGUAGAUCUCCAUCAUGCCAAGGAUUCUGAAGGAGUGGAAAUCAUGUUAGGUGUUUGUGCAAGUGGUCUCUUGAUAUAUCGAGACAGACUGAGAAUAAAUAGAUUUGCCUGGCCAAAGGUUCUGAAAAUUUCAUACAAAAGGAACAACUUCUACAUCAAAAUCCGACCAGGGGAGUUUGAGCAGUUUGAAAGCACUAUUGGGUUUAAGUUGCCAAAUCAUCGUGCUGCAAAGCGCUUAUGGAAAGUGUGUGUUGAACACCAUACAUUUUUCAGGCUCCUGCUGCCAGAAGCACCUCCAAAGAAAUUCCUCACGCUGGGCUCCAAAUUUCGCUACAGCGGUCGAACUCAGGCGCAGACUAGAAGAGCCAGUGCGCUAAUAGACCGCCCUGCACCUUAUUUUGAGCGCUCCUCUAGUAAACGCUAUACUAUGUCUCGGAGCUUAGACGGUGGUAAGAUCCCCUUAUUUGCCUUCUGUGGGCUUUUUCUGAAGUUAUAGUCACUGUGGUCUUUAA